AUGGAAGAAGCUAAAGUUAUGGAUGAUAAUAUAGAAGGAAGAGAAGACGAUGUUAAUCAUGGGGCACCGGUUGUUGGUAUGACAUUCGGAGAUAGAGAAGAACUGUUCAACUUUUACAAGGAUUACAAUAAACGAUUGGGAUUUGGGGUAAAGAAAAGAUCAAACAGAAAAGAUGAUAAUGGGGUUCUAAGAAGGACUACAUUUACAUGUACUAAGGGCAACUUCUAUGAAGCAAAAAAUCAUCCAUAUCUUUGUGAUAGUCCACAUCUUAUGGACCAAAAACAAAGUUUGACUAAAAAGAGUGAAGUAGAGGUUGUAGAUGAUAUAAAUGAAGAUGCUAUUGAGGCACUAUUUAAUCAGCUGGAAGAAGACCUUAAAAGUGAUGCAUCCUUUGCAGAUGGUGAUGAUGAUUUAACUGAGGAAGACCUAGCUAGGCUUGAAAAGGAGUUGAAGGAGGCUUUUGGCGAAGAUGCUGAUUUAUUUGAAAUGUUGCAAUUAAGUGAAGAGAACAUUCAAAACAGCGAUGAUGCUGAAGAUGGGGAAGAAGAUGAAGAAGACGAAGAAGAGGAAGAAAUUGAUGAUGAUGACGAGGAAGAAGAAGAAAGUCCAGUGCAGCUUAAAAAUUGGCAGCUGCGACGGUUGGCUACAGCUUUGAAGAUUGGUCGGCGCAAAAUCAGUAUACAGACCCUUGCUGCUGAGCUCUGUCUUGAUAGGGACGUGGUCCUUGAAUUGCUUCGUGAACCUCCGCCAAAUCUCUUUAUGUUGUCUGCUGCUUUACCUGACAUAGUUGGGCCCAAACCUAUAGAGAUUGAAGGUAAACCUAUAGAGGUCUCUACAGAAACGAUUGUGGAUGUCCCGGAACCUUCUGUGGAAGCAAGUGAUGGUGUCUUAGAACCUGACCCUAAGGUAAAAGUUCCAGUACAUGCCAUGGAAAGUAGAUGGUCUGCUCAGAAGAGACUGAAGAAAGUGCAAACUGAAACCCUUGAAAGAGUUUAUCUUCGUAGUAAGCGGCCAACUAAUGCUUUGAUCAGCAGUAUAGUGCAUGUAACAAACCUGCCGAAAAAACGAGUUGUUAAAUGGUUUGAAGACAAACGUGCUGAAGAUGGGAUCGCUGAGGACCGCCUGCCGUAUCAACGGUCAAAGUCUGAGACUGUCUCUACCAGUUAAUUUUGUAAAUAAGAAAGCGGCUUGUUCUUUUGUAAUAUCA